GGCCACGGCAGGAGCUGCGUUAGGAGCUGCCUUUUCACUCGGGCAGCCAGUUCCUCCGUCUUCUACCUCUUAGGAAGCUGGCCUGCCGAGAUAUUUGUCCUACUUGGUGCUGGAAAGUGUGGUCCGGGUUUGGCUGCAGGUGCCUGGGAAGAAAGGGUCUGAGCCGUCUCAGAUACCCCUCCAAGUCGCGGCAGAGGUAGAGCAGUCUCAAGUCUGUAGCUCUCGCUUGCCUUUUCCCGAAGCCAAGCUCUCCAGCAACCAACUACAUUUUCCGGGCCUCCCACAUAGCUGCUCCUCCAAGUUGAGCUUAAAAACUCCAGCCUUAUUCCUGCCACUGCCUUUUCCUUCUCUGAGAGGUCUUGUCCGAACUGCGGAGUCCCAGUGGCCUAAAAAGCCGCAAUAAAGAGCCCGCUCUUGAGGUCAAUCCUGUGUGCCUGGGGUCUACAAACAUUGAUUGGCCUAUAAGGGUAGACCUGGGAGAACCGUACCGUGCUGGCCUCGGCCCAGUGUCCCGCACCGCUCUUCGUGGCCUUUCCAGCCCAUGCCCCACCAGGAAAGCCACCUCUUGGCGAACACGCGGCUCGUUAGAGCCAGCAAAAUUCUUUUCUGUUUACUAUUUUACUUUGUAUUUUAUUAAACUUAUUAUUUGCCACAAUCACAACUCAAAAAGAAGAUGACCUCAAAUGCAAAUUGUAUUUUCCGCUGUUUUGAAAUCCCACACUUUACUCCGCUAUUUUAGUUUUGGUUUGUGAGAAUUGAGUGAACCUGGGAAAGAGUUUGAAGCCACCGGGCCUCCUUUGAUCAAAGGCCCAGUAGUGAUUCUGGAUGCGCGGCUCGUGUUUGCGAAGGAACUGCGAAGCAAAGAGCGGUGCGAGCCGCUACUGCGGAAAGGCCGAGCUUUAGGGCUUCCGCAGACUGCUCGGGUUUUUCACUCUGCGCGGACUGGAUCCGAGCAGGAGAGCGCAAGCUACGCCGGCUUCUGGGGCUCUCAAAACCUCGCUAGCGGCAAAGCUCAGCAGGGCACCUUAAGCCUCCUCAACCCGGCUGCGACUCCCACUUGCGCCAAUCUGUCAGGCUUUUGCGCACGAACAUGGCAACUGCCCAACUACAGCCACCAAGGCUCUCAGAGUCAGUGUUUGUUUACUCACGGCAGGAUCGGACUUUGCCAACCCCCCACCUGUGCUCAGGUCCUUUUGUGGUGAAGGACAGGCAGCGUAGAGCGGGACAUUUCUACGGAGCUCUUAACUCGAAUUUGAAUCUAAUCGGGAAAUGGGUGCUCGGUUUCCCUUCUGCUCUUGUAGCCACUUGGAAACCUUUUCUCUCGUCGCUUUUUGCCCGGGGAUGUCUAGGCAUAAGAUGUUUCGGUACCAAAUGCGCAGGCUGUGCGCAGGGCAUCUCUCCAAGCGAUCUGGUUCGGAGAGCACGAAGCAAGGUGUUUCAUCUCAACUGCUUCACCUGCAUGAUGUGUAACAAGCAGCUCUCCACCGGAGAGGAGCUCUAUAUCAUCGAUGAGAACAAGUUCGUUUGCAAAGAGGAUUACCUGAGUAACAGCAGUGUCGCCAAAGAGAACAGCCUCCAUUCUGCCACCACAGGCAGUGACCCUAGUUUAUCGCCCGAUUCCCAAGACCCAUCGCAGGAUGAUGCCAAGGACUCUGAAAGUGCCAACGUGUCAGACAAGGAAGGCGGAAGCAAUGAAAAUGAUGACCAGAACCUAGGUGCCAAGCGCAGGGGACCCCGAACCACGAUCAAAGCCAAGCAGCUGGAGACAUUGAAGGCAGCCUUUGCAGCUACACCCAAGCCCACGCGACACAUCCGUGAGCAACUGGCCCAGGAGACUGGCCUCAACAUGCGUGUAAUCCAGGUCUGGUUCCAGAAUCGACGUUCCAAGGAGCGAAGGAUGAAGCAGCUAAGCGCCCUGGGCGCGCGGCGCCACGCCUUUUUCCGCAGUCCUCGCCGGAUGCGACCGCUGGUGGACCGCCUGGAGCCAGGCGAGCUCAUUCCCAACGGCCCCUUCUCCUUUUACGGAGAUUACCAGAGCGAGUACUAUGGUCCCGGGGGCAACUACGACUUCUUUCCGCAAGGACCACCGUCCUCGCAGGCCCAGACACCAGUGGACCUACCCUUCGUGCCAUCAUCUGGGCCUUCAGGGACGCCGCUGGGAGGUCUGGACCACCCGCUGCCUGGCCACCACCCUUCCAGCGAGGCGCAGCGAUUCACCGACAUCUUGGCACAUCCCCCAGGGGACUCGCCUAGUCCUGAACCCAGUCUGCCCGGGCCUCUCCACUCCAUGUCAGCGGAGGUCUUCGGGCCCAGUCCACCCUUCUCAUCUCUGUCGGUCAAUGGCGGGGCCAGCUACGGGAACCACCUGUCCCAUCCUCCUGAAAUGAACGAGGCAGCCGUGUGGUAGCGGGCCUUGCGUGGGCCACGGGAGCUCGUGGUUGUACAGAGACGAGCUUUUAUUUAAGAAAAAAAACUUAUAUUAAAAAAAAAAAAGGCAAGCCUCCUGCUCCACUUCUUCCAGCCUCGGGGACCAUUCUCAGUUUGUGGAGACUGGUUGGCAAAGGGGGUUCAAAAUUGGAUCCAAAAUCCGCCUCACGGAAGACCUGGGAUAUCCACACACUGGCUGGCAAAAUGCAAAACUGAGGCUCCAGAAGGGGAGUUCUCCGCUAUCCCUAUGUUCCACCUGGGUCUGGAUCCGUGGACAGAUUCCACCGGCGGUUCCUCUGCUAGCGGGAAGACAUCUUCGACAGCUGCAGCCCCGCACGCACAGACCUGGAUAGUACCAGGAGCCUAGAGAGGGAAACCUAGAGGCACUCAGCCGGGUGAGGGAGGAGAAGCUGUCAGGGGCGGUCCAGUCAAGAGAGUCCUAGUUCUGGGAGAUCUUAGUGUUGUCUGGGAGUUCAGCGAAGACAACAAACUCUUAAUAGCUUCAGAAACACCGACCUGCUGUGCAUCAGGUGGGACUAUAUAUAUAUAUAUUUUUUGUCUAUCCGGGUUUUUGAUUUUUGUUUUUGCCAAAAUUUCAAAAUUCUAAAUGUAAAACCCUCAGUAUCAACUCUUCUACCUUCACAAAUCUCUCUGUGUCUCCUCUCUAUCUCUUUGAUCUCUCUCUCUCCACACACACACACACACACACACACUCAUUCACACUCACUCACUCCACAGAAUGGGCUCCAGCCACACCUCUCAGUAAAAUGACUUGAACAUCACCUCUACAAAAAAAAAAAUGUACUCUACCUUCACAUGAAAGUUUAAAAAAAAAGACUAUUGAACUAAAACAGUCAACUGUUUACGUAUAAUGUUAAAUUCAGGAGUUCAGUGUUUUACUAAUAUAUCCUGUUUUGAAACCUCUUGUUCAAAAACAAUGUUUUGAGCAAUCAACCAAAAUUGUUCCUUUUCUUUUCCUGUAGAUGUUCUGACUGAUUUGCAGGGCUUUCGGCUCACUGUGCUAGUAUGUAAAAAAAAAGGUGUUGUUUACACGAGGCAAAGGAAAACCAUGAUAUUCAGACAGUUGCCAAAUAGAAUAAAUUAUAGCACAAAUACUGUAAUGGUGCCUGGCACCAGCAACUUGAGAAAGUGUUUAAAAAAAAGUGUUACAAGGUUAAAAAAACAUCUUUGCUAAUUUUUAGUCCUGUUGAACAUUCAUGAAAUUGUUAAUAUGACUUAUAUAGACCCACACAGGUUUUAUUUUUGUGUCUUUAAAAUAAAAGUCCAAAAUAUUUAAAUUUUAUGGUCAAAUAUGCAGUCAACAGCUGCUACUUUUUUCUUUAUAUAUUAAAUUUCUCAUAUGUCUUUUAUUGUUCUAAUAAACCUAAGCUUGUGUGACCUCCAGUGCAUAUUAGACCAUUCACUGUAUGAAAGAAAACAUGUUGAAUAAAUUUGUGAGUUUUUAAUAAAAAUAGAAAACCUGA